AUGUUAGGCUUCGAAGCUAUUAACACCACCACUAGUUCUUCAUCUCAGUUCAUAUUUUCGAAUAUGCCUCCUGGACGACCCCGUACCCGCGUUAUCUCUAACGAGAAUGACGAGAACAGCACCACAACGCGUAUGACCAGGGCCAAGGCGGCGGCUCUUGGCGUAGACGAUUCAGCACCUCCCUCCAAAGUUGGCCUUCAAACGAAGAAGGCAGCUGUCAGCACCACCACUGCCAACGGACUUAGGAAACGCGCUGCACUUGGCGAUGUCAGCAAUGUCAGCAAAACGGAUGCCGCUGAGGGAAAGAAGGCUGCGGCCAAGGGUCUGGUGUCCAAGGCUGCUCAGCCUACAGGCAUUCAAAAGAGCACUCGCCCUACCGCCGGUCGGACAGCAUUGAGUAGCAAGGAAGUCAAGAAGCCAGAAAUCAAGAAGUCGGGAGCUGGCACAAUCCCACCCAAGAGAAAGGUUCCGGCAGCUGCACCUAAGGAAGAAGUUGUACGCGAGGCUGUGGAGCCCGCCCGCAAGAAGGCACAUCUGGAUGCUGAGAAGCGUGCUCGCUCUGAAGCCGCUCCAGUCAAGGCCGCUCCCGUCAAAGCUUCACAACCAGAUCCCGAGGAGUUGGCAAAAGCCGAGCUGAUUGCUAACAUCAAGAGUCUCGAUGAGGAGGACUUGGAUGACCCUCUCAUGGUUGCCGAAUAUGCGAAUGAUAUUUUCGACUACUUGAGAGACCUCGAGGUUCAAUCGAUUCCCAACUCUGAUUACAUGUCUCACCAGGACGACCUCGAGUGGAAGACGCGAGGAAUUCUUAUUGAUUGGCUUAUUGAGGUUCACACUCGGUUCCAUCUACUUCCCGAAACUCUGUUCCUGGCCGUCAACAUCAUCGAUCGGUUCCUCUCCGAAAAGGUUGUCCAGCUCGACCGCCUCCAGCUCGUCGGUAUCACCGCCAUGUUCAUCGCCUCCAAAUACGAAGAGGUCCUGUCGCCUCACGUGGAGAACUUCAAGAAGAUUGCCGAUGACGGUUUCAGCGAGGCUGAGAUUUUGAGUGCGGAGCGUUUCAUUCUUAGCACCCUUAACUAUGAUCUCAGCUAUCCCAACCCUAUGAACUUCCUUCGCCGAGUCUCAAAAGCGGACAACUAUGACAUCCAGUCACGUACCAUUGGCAAGUAUCUUACGGAGAUUAGCUUGCUGGACCACCGAUUCAUGGCGUACCGCCCCAGCCAUGUUGCUGCUGCUUCCAUGUAUCUGGCGCGACUCAUGCUUGACCGUGGCGAGUGGGAUGCAACUAUUGCGUAUUAUGCAGGUUACACAGAGGAGGAGGUUGAGCCUGUUGUCAACCUCAUGGUUGAUUACCUGGCGCGACCCCCCAUUCACGAAGCAUUCUUCAAGAAGUAUGCUAGUAAGAAAUUCCUCAAAGCUUCUAUUCUUUCCCGCCAAUGGGCCAAGAAGAACGCGCCAUUAUUCGGCAUCGAGGAUCUUCAUCUGUCUUUGGACCAAAUUUCAUGA